AUGAGAUCAUCAAUUGCUUCCUGUCCAAGGAACUACCACACAGGAAAUUUUCCGAGGAAGAGUAAAAUAGAAGAAACAGAGAAGAAGAAGAAGAAGAUUACCGUUUCUUCUUCAUCAAUGGCGGAUUCAGGUCCUGCCAGUUUCUCGACGCGAGCCAAUGCCUUGCUUAGGAAAAACUUAACCUAUCAGAAACGGACUCUAGGGAGCAAUGUUCGGAUCAUCAUGAUCCCUUUCUUGCUCUGCAUUUUUCUUCUUCUCCUUCAAGUCGUGUUCGAUAAAUUUGUUAAUAACUCUGUUGACAAUCGAUGUGGUUGUGAAUGCAUUGACACUAAUGGAGAUGGCAACUGCGAAGAGACUUGCGGUAUACAACAUUCGUCUCCGACUCAGGCAUUCUUUUGCUCCAUCCCAAGUCCUCCCCGAUGGCCUCCAUUGUUACAGGUCCCGCCUCCUGAAAGACGUGCUGUUCGUUCCAGUUUCCUCUCCAACGAUGAACUACCUGAUGAAUCUUGCAGAAGAGCAGGAUCUUGUCCUGUGACCAUACUUUUUACUGGGAAUAACCGUUCCCUUGGAGCAAGCUUAUCUGGGAAUCUGCUAACUAGUUCUCUAACGGCGAACUCCUCUGAUAUCUUGCAAGAUUUAGCCAAUAGUGUCUUGGGUACAGAAACAGAGGCAGAUUUCACCAACUUUCUUGAUCCAGGGAUUGCCUCAAAUCUUCCCAUCUACAAUAUCCGACCACGCUGCAUUUCAAACGCUCCGUUGCCAUUCUCAUUCGGACAACCGCCUCUCGAGUUUCAGAAAGAAUUGAGUUGUGUCCAAGGAUUGAAUCUCUGGCGAAAUAACUCCGCGGAGGUCAAUGAUGAUAUAUUCAAGGGUUAUCAGAAAGGAAAUCCCGAGGGGAAAAUAAAUGAGAUUGCUGCAGCAUACGAUCUUUUGAACACGGACAGGAACAACUUCAAUGUGCACAUCUUGUAUAAUUCAACAAACAAGGGAGGUUCACGAAAUAGGCUUGUAAAGUUGCUCCGUGUUCCCCGCUCUGUCAAUUUGGUGUCAAAUGCUUACCUUCAGUUUCUGCAAGGACCGGGAACUAGAAUGUUGUUCGAAUAUGUCAAAGAAAUGCCUAAACCAGAAACUACACUUCGUCUAGACAUCGCGUCUCUAAUUGGCCCCCUUUUCUUCACAUGGGUUAUUCUUCUUUUGUUCCCUGUGAUCUUGUCGUCACUGGUGUAUGAGAAGCAGCAGCGUCUAAGAAUCAUAAUGAAAAUGCAUGGGCUAGGAGAUGGUCCGUAUUGGAUGAUUUCUUACGCCUAUUAUCUUACCAUAUCCAUUUUCUACUUUAUAUGCCUGAUGAUAUUUGGGUCAGCAAUAGGACUCAAGUUCUUUCGGCUUAAUGAUUACAGUCUCCAGUUCGCUUUCUAUUUUCUCUAUGUAAAUCUGCAAAUCUCCCUUGUCUUUCUAGUUUCUUCAGUAUUUUCAAAGUUUCUGAUUCAAGAUUCAUCAUUUCCUAAAGGCUGGAUUAUUGUCAUGGAGUUGUAUCCUGGCUUCUCCUUAUACCGUGGGCUCUAUGAAUUCUCACAAUUUGCUUUCCGGGGAAACUUGAGAGGGGUAGAUGGGAUGAAGUGGAGAGAUUUCGGUGAUAGUGCAAUGGAUGAAGUUUUCUCCAUCAUUAUCGUUGAGUGGUUUCUUGCACUCAUUGCAGCAUACUAUAUCGAUAAGGUUUCUUCAUCCGGAAAAAACCUGCUGUUCUUCUUGAGAAACCCUUUCAAAAAAUCCCCUUCUCUGCGAAGGCCUAGUCUGCAGAGGCAAGGCUCCAAAGUCUCCGUUGAAAUGGAAAAACCAGAUGUCACUCAGGAGAGAGGAAAAGUCGAGAAGUUGAUGCUUGAGCCGAGCACAAGCCAUGCGAUUGUUUGUGACGACCUGAAGAAAGUGUAUCCAGGUAGAGAUGGAAACCCGCCAAAAAUGGCAGUUCGAGGGUUAUCUCUCGCUGUGCCUUCAGGAGAAUGCUUCGGCAUGUUAGGUCCCAAUGGUGCUGGCAAAACCUCCUUCAUCAAUAUGAUGACUGGGCUCCUGAAACCAACAUCAGGGACAGGGCUUGUUCAAGGUUUGGAUAUAUGCAGUGAUAUGGACAGAGUAUACACCAGCAUGGGCGUAUGCCCGCAGCACGAUUUGCUCUGGGAGACGCUGACUGGAAGAGAACAUCUGCUGUUUUACGGGAGACUUAAGAAUCUCAAAGGCUCUGAUCUCACCCACGCUGUGGAAGAGUCUCUGAAGAGUGUGAACCUUUUCCACGGAGGAGUUGCAGACAAACGUGCUGGUAAAUACAGUGGAGGUAUGAAAAGGCGGCUGAGCGUAGCCAUUUCACUUAUCGGAAACCCUAAGGUGGUUUAUAUGGAUGAGCCAAGCACAGGACUUGAUCCAGCCUCAAGAAAGAAUCUAUGGACUGUCAUCAAGCGUGCAAAGCAAAACACUGCCAUAAUCCUCACAACCCACUCAAUGGAAGAAGCAGAGUUUCUCUGUGACCGGUUAGGGAUUUUCGUAGACGGAAGCUUGCAAUGCAUAGGGAACCCGAAAGAGCUCAAGGGAAGGUACGGUGGAUCUUAUGUGUUUACGAUGACAACCUCAUCGGAACACGAGCGGAACGUGGAGAAGCUGAUUCAAGAUGUCUCCCCAAACGCCAAGAAGAUAUAUCAGAUCGCUGGGACUCAGAAGUUUGAGCUCCCAAAGGAGGAGGUUCGGAUCUCAGAGGUGUUUCAGGCGGUGGAGAAGGCCAAGAGCAACUUUACGGUGUUCGCUUGGGGACUCGCGGACACAACUCUUGAAGAUGUCUUCAUCAAGGUUGCUAGAACCGGUCAAGCCUUUAAUAGAUGCCAGAAAUCGUUUUUAUCAAAGAUUCUUUUACAUUCUCUAAUGAUGGAUUCGAGUCCUGCAAGUUUCUUGACACAGGCCAACGCUUUACUCAGGAAGAAUUUAGUUUACCAGAAACGGAACAUAUGGAGCAAUGUACGUCUCGUCACGAUCCCUUUCUUCCUAUGUCUACUUCUCCUUGUUGUUCAGAUGCUCUUCAACACUCAAUUCAACAAGGACCAUGGUCGAUGUGGCUGCUUAAAUGAGAAAACUUGCGGCUUAAGGUAUUCUACUUCAGAUCAAGCAGCGUUCUGCGCCAUUCCAAAUCCACCGCAAUGGUCUCCAUUACUUCAAAUCCCGGCUCCUCAAUACCGAGCCGCGACCACCUCGUACCGGGGCCAUUCUUCCCCUGUGACCUUUCUCUUCACCGGGAAUAACCAGUCGCUCGGAAAAAUUCUAAUGCGGAGUAAGUAUAGCAGUUCAUCUGAGUUUGAUGGAGAUUUAGCCAAUUAUGUCUUGGGCUCAUCAUCUUUGACUGCAUACACCAAUUAUAUGGACUCUGCUUUCAUAUCUGAUCUCCCCAUCUACAACAUCCAACAUGAAUGCCAACAAAACACUUCUUCCUCAAUCUUAAUUCACCAAUCACCUCUUGCUUUCCCCAAGGAGAUAAACUGUGUCCAAGGACUUAAUCUGUGGCGGAAUAGUUCUUGCGAUGUGAACAACGAGCUAUUCAAGGGUUAUCGAAAAGGAAAUCCAGACAAGAAGAUCAACGAGUAUUCUGCAGCAUUUGAUUUUCAGAACACAAAUAAGAACAGUCUCAAUGUUAGUGUUUGGUAUAACUCCACCUACAAGAACGACACAGUGAUUCGGCCUAUGGCUCUGAUUCGAGUCCCCCGCUUAGUCAAUCUGGCAUCUAAUGCAUAUCUUGAGUUCCUAAAAGGUUCUGAGACAAAGAUACUUUUUGAAUAUAUCAAGGAAAUGCCUAAACCAGAGACUAAACUGAGCCUGGACAUCGCAUCUCUAAUAGGCCCGCUCUUCUUCACAUGGGUCAUUCUGUUGUUAUUCCCUGUAAUCUUAACAACAUUGGUCUAUGAGAAACAACACAGGUUAAGAAUCAUGAUGAAAAUGCAUGGACUUGGUGAUGCUCCUUACUGGAUAGUUUCAUACACAUAUUUUCUUCUCAUAUCGAUUCUUUACAUGUUGUGCUUCGCCAUGUUUGGAUCAGCCAUCGGGUUAAACUUCUUCAGGCUUAAUGACUAUAGUAUCCAAGUUGUGUUCUUCCUGGUUAGCAUAAAUCUUCAAAUAGCAGUCGCCUUUUUAGCAUCUUCAAUGUUUUCAGAUGUAAAAACUGCUACAGUUAUAGCAUACAUAUAUGUCUUUGGAACUGGGCUCCUAGGAAUCUUUCUUUUCCAAUUCUUCUUAGAAGAUCCUCUCUUCCCAAAAGGAUGGAUCAUUGCAAUGGAGCUCUAUCCUGGAUUUUCCCUGUACCGAGGGCUAUAUGAGUUAUCACAAUCUGCGUUUGCAGGAGAUUACCGUGGGGUUGAUGGAAUGAGAUGGAGAGAUUUUGGAAAUGGAAUGAAAGAAGUGACUUGUAUCAUGCUCAUUGAGUGGCUGCUACUUCUUGUUUCAGCAUAUUACAUUGAUCAAAUCACUUACUCCAGGAAACAUCCAUUGUUCUUCUUCCUGAAAACCCCUUCAAACAAGAAACAAUAUCACGAAUCCUCUCAUAACCAAACUUCCAAAGUUGUCGUCGAAAUGGAGAAACCGGAUGUGUGUCAAGAGAGGGAGAAAGUAGAGCAGUAUCUACUUGAAUCAGCUGGAAACUGCGCGGUUUUAUGUAAUAACCUAAAGAAAGUGUACUCGGGUAAGGAUGGGAAUCCUCAGAAACUCGCGGUAAGAGGCUUAUCUCUUGCUUUACCUCAUGGAGAAUGCUUUGGCAUGCUUGGUCCUAAUGGAGCUGGCAAAACGUCUUUCAUCAACAUGAUGACAGGAAUCAUUAAACCAUCUUCUGGCACAGCUUUAGUUCAAGGUCUUGACAUAUUAACCGAUAUGGACCGGAUAUACACAACAAUUGGAGUCUGUCCACAACACGACCUCUUGUGGGAGAAACUCAGUGGGAAAGAACACCUACUGUUUUACGGAAGGCUCAAAAAUCUCAAAGGUCCUGUCCUAACACAAGCUGUGGAAGAGUCGCUUCGCAGUGUUAACCUCUUCCAUGGAGGAAAUGGAGACAAACAAGUUGGUAAAUACAGUGGAGGGAUGAAGAGACGGCUCAGCGUUGCCAUUUCUCUAAUAGGGAACCCCAAAGUUGUUUACAUGGAUGAGCCAAGUACCGGUCUUGAUCCAGCCUCCAGGAAGAGUUUAUGGAACGUAGUGAAACGGGCCAAGCGAAAAGGGGCGAUUAUACUCACUACACAUUCAAUGGAGGAAGCAGAAGUUUUAUGUGAUCGUCUUGGAAUUUUCGUUGAUGGGAGUUUACAAUGCAUAGGCAAUCCAAAGGAGUUGAAAGGUAGAUAUGGAGGAUCCUAUGUAUUGACUGUGACAACCUCAGAGGAAAACGAGCAGGAAGUGGAGGAAAUAGUGCAGAACAUCUCUGAGAAUGCAAAGAAGAUAUAUCGAACCUCGGGCACUCAGAAGUUUGAGCUGCCAAAGAAGGAGACGAAGAUCGCUGAGGUUUUUCAGGCGGUGGAGAAGGCGAAGACGAUGUUUCCGGUGGUUGCUUGGGGGCUUGCAGACACAACACUUGAAGAUGUCUUUGUAAAGGUUGCUCAAACUUCUUAAAUAAGAACAACUCUUUCAAUGUUUUUUCUUGAUCAAUCUCAAUUUUUCCUUCAUUUUGCAUUUGUGCUUAC